AUGACUGACAUGGCAUCACGAAUAGCCUCUUUGAGAGGGAUAUUACCUGAUCUGGAAUCUGCGCUGCAUUCUUUUACAUCAUCCCCCGCCAAAUUCCGUGUCGUACGGACUGUGAACGACACGCCGACACAGCCGAAGACGCUCUAUAUCCUCGACUCUUCCUUCAACCCGCCAUCAAUUGCCCACCUCACACUAGCGACGUCGGCCCUGAAGCAAUCCGCGCCUUUAGAAAAGAGCCCAUGUCGGCUACUACUACUAUUUAGCACGCACAAUGCAGACAAGGCACCGAGUCCUGCAAGCUUUGUGCAGCGCAUCGCUCUCAUGACGGUAUUUGCCGAGGACCUGUCGCGAAGUUUAAAGAGCGCGUCGCCUUCCGUGGAACAUGACGUGUCCAACGUGUCAAUAGACAUUGGCUUGACCAAAGAGCCGUAUUACAGUGACAAGUCGGCUGCGAUAGCCGAGACUACACCCGCGUUUUACGCGUCGAAACCUAUUCACAUCCAUCUCGUAGGCUACGACACCUUAAUCCGCUUCUGCAACCCAAAAUACUACCCCAAGUAUGACCCGCCUCUCUCGGCGCUGAAGCCUUUCUUCGACGCUGGGCACAAACUGCGCGUAACCCAGCGACCGACGGACCCCAGCGACGAAUCGUCCAACGAAUUUGGUACAACAGAGGAACAGGCGAAAUACCUGCAGGACCUGAAAGACGGCAAUCAGGAGAAGGCUGGCUUUGAGCCUGCUUGGGGCAACAACAUCAACAUGGUGCAAGCUGAGAAGGGCGUUGGUGUAAGCUCUACAAGAGUGAGAAAGGCAGCAAACGCAGGCAAAUGGGAUACAGUAGGGGAACUGUGUACUGAAGGCGUGGCUGCUUGGAUAAAGGACCAGGCCCUAUACAGCGAAGAUGCCAGCGGUAAAAAGAUGAUGGGCUGA